CUGUUACAUCCGGAAGGUGGGGCUUUUGUUGCAGGAGCGGUUUGCGUUUGGAGAACCAAUGCCUAGAAAUGCUCCAUUAAUGCGGUCGUCCAGAUAACAUCGACCGAGGGCAGAAAUACAAGUCCUGCUUUGGUUGUGUCAGAGUGUGCCAGGGUGCAGAGAAGUGUGUGUGUGCGUGUGUGUGUGUGUGUGUGCGCGCGCAUGUGUGUGAGUGUGUGAAAGAGACGCAAAGAAGAAUCCAGUUAUGGCUACCAGUAAAAGUAAAAACCAGAGCUCUCUGGCACUGCACAAGGUGAUAAUGGUGGGCAGUGGAGGUGUCGGGAAGUCAGCCCUCACCCUGCAGUUCAUGUACGAUGAGUUUGUGGAGGACUACGAGCCCACCAAGGCAGACAGCUACAGGAAGAAGGUGGUUCUGGAUGGGGAGGAGGUCCAGAUCGACAUUCUGGACACAGCCGGCCAGGAGGACUACGCUGCCAUCAGGGACAACUACUUUCGCAGUGGGGAGGGCUUCCUGCUGGUCUUCUCCAUCACAGAGCAUGAGUCCUUCACUGCCACUGUGGAGUUCAGGGAACAGAUCUUGCGGGUGAAGGCGGAAGAGGACAAGAUCCCUCUCCUGCUUGUAGGGAACAAGUCGGACCUGGAGGAGCGAAGGCAGGUUUCUGUGGACGAGGCCCGAGGGAAGGCCGAGGAGUGGGGUGUCCAGUAUGUAGAGACAUCAGCCAAAACCAGAGCCAACGUCGACAAGGUUUUCUUUGACCUGAUGCGUGAAGUACGAGGCAAGAAAAUGUCAGAAAACAAAGACAAAAACGGAAAAGGAAAGAACAAGAAGAACAAGAAGAGCUUCAAAGAAAGAUGCUGUUUACUUUGAACUCUUCAUGGACCUUAACAACACAAUAUAACUGUUGAGUUGGGGAUCAAAGCAGAGCAUCCUUACCAUUGUCAUUCAAAUGAAAUUUGAUCUUUUUAAUAGCUGGUUAUAUAGUAUAGUGUUUAGAACAAUCUCAACCACUUUUUUUGUUGCCAUUUUUAAUGAAUGAAAUCUGAGUUGCUAUUUCAUUGGAAGAUAACCACUCUUGUGACUGUGACUCGGACUGCAGUGCUUGAUGGCUCAUAGUAAGCCAAUGACCAAACUGCCAUUGACACUAACUCUGCUGCUCAAGACAUUCUCUACUGUUUAACUCAGCGAUUAUACUGCCAUUGAUGUUGGUUCAGUGUGUUUUACACAAUUGUUGAGUCUUUGUCAAGUAAACAGUGCUCUUCAUUUCUUUACCUGCUCUCAAUCCUAACCGCCAUAAUCCUUAGGCUCUUAAUAUUAGACCCCUUGAAUUUGUGUUCAUCAAUUUACCAAGAACUCUUAAUGCUGCUGUCUUUCAUAUUUAUAAUCAUCUGUCUGUUGAAGAUGUUUGCCUCACUCAUUCAUCUGUCCAGAUUCUGAUCUUCACAACUUCAAAUGUUUUCAUUUUUAAAUCCUUGAGGCAUUUUUGUUUUUUUUGUUUUUUUAAAGUUCAUUCAAGGAUUUGUGAUUUUCUGACCACAGAGAAAUCAGUCGGUGCAAUCAGAGAAAACAGGGAUAUUUUGUUGUCGGGCCUUAGAUAAUUAUCACAAAUCAGUCAUAAGAUGUCAGUUUUUCAGCAGGAUUGCUGCAAAAUAAUAUCUUCUGUCACUGAACAUCACAGAAAAAGCCCAAAUUGAUGGUGAUAUGUAGAUAUUUUAACCCUUUUGUUAGAUAUUUUGAGGCUGUGAAAAUGUAAUGUAAAACUAGUAUUUUGUUCUUGGUAAUGAGCAGUAACUUGGAGGGGAGAGAGUAGACUGAAACCUGGCCCUUUUCACCCUUCUCACAGUGCAGAUUACUUCUUGUUUUUUCACAUGACAGGUGAUGUUUGGAGUCUGUACUGUAAGACAGGUGUUGACAAUCCAUGCUUCUCAUCCAUGAUGGCAUUAUAAUCAAUAACGUCUCAUUAAUCUUAAAAAUACUAAUGUUCUUUUAUUUCCUUGUACUUUUGAAUAUCAUGCACUACAUUGCCGAUACCUAAGAAGCGGACUUCAUGCUGAAGGGGUUAAAGCUGAAGGGUUUUUUAAACUGCCAACAAAAUUACAAAAAAAUCAAACUGUUUGUGGAUGUACAGUAUGUAUGUUAAUUAACUGGGCGUAUGUGCAUUUACCAGAAAUCCUAAUACCUUUCUGCGUCUGUGUGCGUGAAGCUUUGACGAGGGUGCCAACUUCCUAACUGUUGUUAAAUCAAGUGCUACAGUGAACACAAUGUUUCUACAACUGCCUAAACAAUUCUUUGUAACAUGUCCUCCUUUUCUUUUACUUCCUACUGCUGAGAGUAUGCUUUUAUCUCUGCAGCGAGUGUUGCCGAAUAAAUGCUUUUUUUUUUCUUUGUAAA